UAAGAAUAGUUUGUGCAAUUGUGCUUCACUUUCCCAUAGCUUUCCGGCGAAGUCUUAUUAGCAGCGCCUUUCUUCAGUGCUGUUCAUUUCAAUCACUUGUCUGCUUAAGAAGAAUGUCAGAGGACUGUCACAGAGAGCGUUCCUUAUUUGGUGGGGCGAUUGUUACCACAUUUCCUCUCAGAUUCCAGGAUAUAAGCAACGUUAGAGAAGUUCCUGAUCAUCAGGAAGUUUAUGCUGAUCCUGACCGUGAUGAGAGCCUUAUAAUUGAGCUCUUAGACUUUAAGCAUGAUGUUGCUGAUAAUGGAAGUGCUACAUGGUUUCUUCAAGAUCUGUCCAUUGAGCAAGAUGCAGAGGGAACUGUGGUAAUUGAGCAGUCUGGAAUGAUGCAGACUGAUGGGUUGUGCUUUCGGGAUAUACCUGUAGUUGUUACAACUGCAAUUGGUCAAAUGGCCAUUUCAAAGGGGCGCCAAGGUAGGGAGGCACAGAAUUUAGUGAGGGUGUAUUUAGCUAAUUUACGUUUGAAGGAAGUGAACACUGACGUAUUGAUCACUGCAUAUGAACCCAUCUUGAUCAACCCUUUAAGCGAAAGUGCUUCCACAGUGGGUGCGGGCGUGACAAUCCCUGCCCAGCAAUCUGGUUUUACACCCAUGGCUGACAUUUUCAAGCUUGUCGUUGCCAGUUUCAAGAUUAAUGACUGGAGCCUCUUUGGUGCAGCAGAUGAUGUUUAAGAAGUUCUUCUAGAACACAUCGAUCAAACACUUUCAGGUAAUGCAGUAAAUAUUUCUCAAAUCAAUUUCAGUUCUUAUUUCUGAAACUAGCUUUAGAUAUCUUUCUUUUUAAGACUCAUUUAGCGAGGUUGCCUGCUAGGUCAUGGGUUUGAAUCAUCAUGACCUCAAAGAGAACAAUGCAUACAUAUUGUUAUCAACUAUUGUAUCAAAAUGGGUUCAUUUUGUAACAAAUCAUCUUUUGUAUCCAAUUUGGUUUUCACUCU